CGGCCAGCGUCUACCAUUAGCUCUGGGCUGGCCCAGGAGAGGCCGAAAACAUUUCUACUUGGUGGGACACGCAUCACAGUAUCACCCUGCCACCUCAGACAGUCGGGAUGCCCGGCUCGUUCUGAAGAUGAGAAGCCGGAACCAGAGGUGCCCCCUUUCAAAGGUCUCAGCAUCCUCACGCUACCUCCUGCCGCCACUUCCACCUGGGCCCCCCGCAGCCGCAGCAGCUAGCCCCGGACUUCCCGCUGGCCCACCCCGUGCAGUCGCAGCCGGGCCUCAGCGCCCACAUGGCCCCGGCCCACCAGCACAGUGGCACGCUGCACCAGUCGCUGACCCCGCUGCCCACCCUGCAGUUCCAGGACGUCACAGGUCCCUCCUUCCUACCUCAGGCCCUGCACCAGCAAUACCUGCUGCAGCAGCAGCUCCUGGAAGCUCAGCACCGCAGGCUCGUCUCGCACCCCAGGCGGAGUCAGGAUCGAGUGUCCGUCCACCCCCACCGCCUUCACCCCAGCUUUGACUUCGGCCACCAACUGCAGACACCUCAGCCCCGGUAUCUGGCUGAGGGCACUGACUGGGAUCUCAGUGUGGAUGCCGCCAGCUUGAGUCCUGCCCAGUUCCAGGUGCGGCCCAUUCCUCAACACUAUCAGCAUUACCUAGCAACUCCUCGGAUGCACCACUUCCCCAGAAACUCCUCGUCCACACAGAUGGUUGUCCAUGAAAUUCGAAACUACCCUUACCCCCAGCUUCAUUUCCUCGCCCUCCAGGGACUAAAUCCUAGCCGGCACACCUCCGCAGUUCGGGAGAGCUAUGAGGAGCUGCUGCAGCUCGAGGACAGGCUGGGAAACGUGACCCGAGGAGCUGUACAGAACACCAUUGAGAGGUUCACCUUUCCCCACAAGUAUAAGAAGCGAAGACCCCAGGACAGCAAGGGCAAGAAAGAUGAAGGGGAGGAGUCAGACACAGAUGAGAAAUGCACAAUUUGUCUGUCUAUGUUGGAGGACGGGGAAGAUGUGAGACGUCUACCGUGUAUGCAUCUCUUCCACCAACUGUGUGUGGACCAGUGGCUGGCCAUGAGCAAGAAGUGCCCCAUCUGCCGAGUGGACAUUGAGACACAGCUGGGAGCCGACAGCUGAGGGAGGAGCUAGCCAGUGGACGCCCCAUUUCCUUCACCAGGUCCCCCCCACGGCCAUAGCCCUUGCAGCCAAACUUUGCCUUCUGAGCCAUUUGACGUAGAGAAGAAGCCUGCAAGCACAUUUUGUGGAAAGAGGAGUUGGUAGAGGUGUCUGAGGGAGAGGAGGGGUAGGGAGGACCCACCCAUCCGGAAUGGUGACUGCCUCAUCGCCUUGCUGUGCAGCGGGGAGGGAGCUGGCCGUGCCCAGAGCAGGGGCGGGAAGGGGGGGCCCGGCUGCUGAGGACUAGAUGAGAUGGCGAUCGCGAGGGUACUAGCUGGUGAUCGGCCCCUCAGUCCUGUCCUUCGAGGGAUUGUGUAUAUACCUCUUGACCACGUAGAAACCAUGUAGGGGUCUCUAGCUAUUCUGUGGAUGGCAGCCAGAGCAUGUUAGCUUAAGAAAAAUGUCGUGUGUGGUGCUCUUGUCAUCUGUGGUGGACAUGUCGCUAUUACUGAACUCGCACCAAAUAUUUCUCAUUGAGUUUCUUGUUUUGGUGCCUGACUGAACCAACCAACCAACGACAGCCCCAAUCUUCCCGUCUUUAUGAGCGAAAAGAAAAAAGAAAAAAAAAGAAAAAAAAAAAAAAACAAAGGUGAAAAACAAAAAAGCCAAAUCCUGUUUACGGUGAAAAAGUUGAUAAUUUUUCACCCAGGUUGGGAGGCGGGAGGGGGGUCCUCGUUUGUUGUUUUUGUUUCUUUUUUUCCCUUGGGCUUUGUUUCUCAUGUUUACAGUGCACGGAGUAUGUGGGAGGGGCAUCUGAGAAGGGGGUGGGGCUUAAAAGGAGCAGCCGGUCUCACUGGGUUUCUGAGGCUUUCAGGCAAGGGGAGGAGGUUCAGUGAACGGGUUCCCCAUCUUGCAAGGGUUCCCCAGUCUUCGGGCCUGUGGCUUAGCCCCAGCAGCUUUCCUAGGUUCCACACGGAACCAGGAAGGAUAAUGCCUCGAGCUACAGCCUACCCCACGUUCCUGGGAGCCAGCAGCUCCUGCUCGCCCUAGUUCCUAACUCUCUAUCCUGAGCUCCCACCUUGCCACAAAGAGGCAAUGUAGCCGCUGCCUCCCUAUGCAAAAAAAUAAAAAUUAACCAGAUGAUACAGACAGAAUAGCUUCAGCAGUGUAGACUCGGCCUUGGCUAAAGUGCUCUCAGUAAGCACUUAGGGCUCAAGUCAAGUCUACAACCUUGGGAGUAACUUGAGCCUCCUCCAGGAUCCUGCUUGAUUAGACAGACCCUCAGAGAUGGCCGUUGUUGCGAGGCUCCUCGGCUGGACUGGGAGGCCGGUGCCCCUAGCUUCGUGAUCCUCUGAUUCUACUGAAAUCUUGGGAAAUUCCUUUUCUUUCUCUGUGCCUCAGUUUCCGCCUCCUUCCAUUGGGGAGAAACAACCGUGUGUUCCCAUCUCCCCCACUCCUCCUACUUCACCUAGAUCUGAGAGUUAACACCAUCCAGCCCCUUCUGUACUCUCUAUUCUCUCAUGGGAGCCUCUGAGUGUUUAGUGAAAAAGGAGAUGAAAAGUCCCAAGUUACACAGUAUUAGUGUUUGCUUUCUGUACCACUGAGAGAGAUGGGAGGACAGAAUGGCGGAGGUGGCGGAAAUCUGCCAAAUUCUAACCCGACUGUAGCUCUUAAUCGUGUGCAGAAAAUGCCAGGUCCCCCUCCUCUUCCUCCUCCUUUUUUCCCUCCUCCCUCUCCCCCUUUCCCCUUCCUCCUCCCCUCUUCCCUCCGCCCCUCCUCCCACCCCAUCAUUUGCACUGCUCUCAGAAUCUACCCUGACCUCAACCCUAGCCAAUCUCAGUGCCCUCGUAUGCUAAGAGAUAAAAGGAGAAAUUCCACCAAGUUAAGUGAGCCGAGGAUGAAUCGUGACCAAAAAAUGACAAUGGCUGAUUGGACUUGAGAGAGAUCCUUCCAGGACAAACAUCAUGAAGGAAUGGCUGCCUGUCUACUCUGGUGUCUCAGAGAAUCCCUGUGGACUGCCGAUGGCCAGGAAGGGGGCAAGUGAUGUGGAAGAUGAUUGCUCAGGCGAUAUCUUGGCCUGGUUGGAACUCUGAGGCAUGGAGGAACAGCCAACAGUGCUUAUGGUGAAGGUCAGGAGUACUGAGUGUGGGCCUUGGUCAGCUCUGGUUGCUGUCCGUGGUAAACACCGCCUCCAGCAUAAAGGCUGGCUGGGGAAAGAAAGUCAGAAUGUCAGAGCGCUGCUGACCAAAAGCCACAAGAACUUGUGACUUCUUCCCUGCUGCUUCCUUUUGGCUGUGCCCAAACCAAGAUGUCCUCAGAUGAUGGCUGUGGCUCAGAGGGUCGUUGGGGUGGUCCAGGUGGGUCAUUGCUCUCUGAGGCCACUCUCUGUUCUUUCCUUUGAGCCUUUCCUGAAAGGCUGGGAGGGAAAGGGGAUUGGCAGGGACCCAGGAGGGAACUGGAACCAGUGUCCCAGAUUCUAGUCCUGGCUCUUCAGUGGCAAACUGGGAGAUGCUGGAACCCCUGUCCACACCCCAACGGCUUGCUGGGCCUCAGCUUCCUCAGCUGUGACAUAAGGAAGUUGAUUGGAUGUUCCCUAAAUUUCUCCCAAAACACAUCCUGUGAUUCUGCCUAACAUCAACACAUCGUUCAAGUUGUAGAGCUGCUCUCAGCAGACCCGCUUCUGAGGCCGCAGCACACAGGCAGGAGAGGGCGGGAUGGUUUCGUCUUGCUCCAUUUGUGCGGGCUCUUUGAACCCCAGGCUAACAUUAGGACUUGGGCAGGGAAGGGGUUGACCCUCCAUCCCCUCCCCUUCCCACCCACCUGGGGUCCUUGUGCCCUGGAGCAGCACUUAGAGCCCUCCCACCUCCCGUUUCGGCGCAGCCGAUUGGGUGGAGAAAAAGCCUCUGCUCAGUCCUCAGACUGGUCAGGAAGCCAGAAGAGUGGAAAUGAGGUAGGGCCAGGCCUCAGCAUCUCACAUCCGCCAUCUCCAGGAGAGACAUAAUGCAAUUCUCCUGCUCAACUCAAGGGACUCAGACCCUUUCUGACUGAGACGCAUGAGUGCCUUUGACAAGUUGGGCCUCCUAACCGCAGCCAUGGCGCAGCAGGUCCACCUAGGACACCAAUCAACGCAACGCCACGAAUCCAGCUGGGCACAGGCAGAGGGCAGCUGGGGCUGCACCUUCCUCCACCUGCCAAGGCUCCCUGGUCACCCUCGCCACCACCUGUGACAGGCCUCAAGCUCCUCUCCGCAAAGGCCCCCAGCCUCCGUGCGAGCAUUCCUAACUACGCCUACCGAACAAGCACAGUUUUUUCAAUGGUGAAGAAAAAGCACCAGACUUUUUUUCCUGAAGAAAUCCCCCAAGCCCCCCCCCCCCCCGCCUGUGGGACAAACAUUCCCCAUGUGGGGCUGUAGCAACGUCUGUCAGGUCCCCCCUUGUGUUUCAUCUCCUGCGCGCGCGUAGAGCAAAUGCUAGAGCGAUUUCAGCUGAUAGAAAAACAAAAAAGAAAAAAAAACACAAAAAAAAUAAAAAACAUGGCACGUUGCUAGUUUACAGGGUUUUGUGAGUUUAAAUGCCUUAUAUUUAACAAUCAUAAUUUAUGACUAACUUGUAGAUAUCGUGGGUUCUUAUUUAAUUAUUUUUAUAGUUGUUUUGCAUUUUUAAUUAUAAUUUAUUUAUUUAGAAAGGACACUAAUGUUUUUUAUUGCUCCUAUUACCUCAUUUUGGCGUCGUUUCUGGGAGUGGAAUGCUUUGCAUGCGUUGGUACGAUGACAACUGCGAAACAAACAAACAAACAAAAAAAAAACCAUUUUAAAUAAAAGUCUGCGAACUUUAUUUUGUCCAAACUAUCAGGGUGUGUGAUUGCAAGCUGUCCUACUGUGGUGCUGGCCUCUUUGGAUACAUUCCAUAGGAAAUGCAAACCUUUGAUUCUGUAUGCUGUGAUCUAGUGAAAAGCUCCAAUAUAGUGAGUGUAUUUAGCACAUAAUAUAAAUAUAAUUUGCACUCGUCAGCAGACUGGGGUAAUCCUUUCACUUGCCACCCCUGCCACCCCCUCCCCCAGGCCUCUUCCCACCUCAAGUCUGCUUUCUGUCUUCCCUCCUGUCCCUACAUUCCCAAGCCCACUCAUCCCCCGUCCCCUGAGGACAGUGUCAGUGCACCGGAGGUUACUAAGCUAUACUUGGUCUCCCACUCCUAAGAUUUCAGAACUGGGAUCCUUCAGACAGAAUGAGCAUGGUCAUCUGAAAGACAGGGGAAGCCCGUUUUAUUAGGUGGGGGCCAGAAGGCUUCCGUCUUCAGACCAGCUCUGCAGCAGGCUCCCGGUGAUCAAGGGCGAGUCAGUCCCUGGGCCACCUGAGUCAGUCUUCAGCUCCGAGAGAGGGAGGCUAGAAGGUCGAUCUCUUGGGUGAUCGCCCAAGAAAGAACCUGGCACAGUUCCAGGUGAGAUCACACAGGUAGGUCUCUCUUCCUCUUGGGAGAGAUGAAAAGGGAAAGAAUGGAAGGAAGAUGAGGACAGUGGUGGAGAACGGAGGGAUCCAGUUAAGACUUAAUUACCUUAGAGAUCUGGUUGUAGCAGCCAUCCAGAGUACUCUUUAUAGGGCAUUCUGCAGGUGUUAGAUAUGUCCUUGGGUUUGAAACAUGGACCUCAAGGUUAGGUGGUCAGUCUGAGAUUACCACAGGAGAAUCCAGACUACGGGGUAGGGAUUCCUCCCAAUCCCACCCCACUCCAAAUCUUGUCUGGAGCCUUUUGUUUGGGAUGCCAGUCACUGACAAGAACUCCGGGAGCAGAAUUGUAUCCUGCUUUCUCCCCAGCACUUCCCCAACCCUAUGCCAACGUUUCACGGAGGCUGCAGGCAGGGACAGCCUGCUGUGGACCUAGAGGGUUCUGACUCCAGUUCCACUAGUUGUGUGAGCAAUGGUGAGGAGGCCUUGAGGAAGUGGACCCUGGAUUAAGCCUGGAACCCUGGCACACUGACCUUCCUCUCUCCUUCUUCUCCUAACUCAGCCCCUCCUCCUUCUUGGCUCUUGACAUCACUGCCUUUGCCUGGUGGGUAGCUCCACCCUCCACAGGAGGCCCCAUGGGUUGGCAUAGUCCUGGCACGGAGGAGAGAAAAUACAGAGCUGGGAUUGCCACACCCGCUUCCCGUGUGGCUAGACCACGCGUGGCCCUUCAGCUCCGUCCCGGUGAUGGGGCGUCUUGCUCGCUACCGCCCAGCUUCUCUUCUGCCUCCGCCCCGGAGCCUUGCUUUUCUUGGAGACAGCCUGUGGAGUCACCCACCAUGCUGGUGGAGCACAAUCGCCACACUGCCAGGCCUGGCAGACACUGCCCCCUGCAGAGCGCCGCGUGGGCAUGCCGUGCUGCUGUGUGGGGCCAGAGUAGGACAGGCCCUCCGCUCUGGCUGGUAAUGCCCCACUCCCGAGCCUCCCCACCCUGUGGGAUGAGCUUUAUUCCCCUCAGCUGUGGUGAGGGCCCCACCAGGCUCUCCAAGGGGCUGUUUGUUGCCCCUGGUAAGUGAAAGGAUUAUCCUCAGUGUUGAUUGUCCAUUUUUGUAAUCCUCCUGCCGUUCUGUUCUGUUGUGUGCUGUGCAACAUUUUGCUACAUAGACUAUUUUAUAGCAGAAAGCUAGAAAAAAUAUUUAUUAUGACUACUAAAGCAAUAGUGUAUCAAUGAAUGGGCGGAGACAUUAGGAAUUGUGUAAAUGCUUAGAUUCACUUUGGGUGGAUUUUUUUGUACUUUAUUUAUAACUAAUAAAAAUGAACUGCAUUGCUAACUACA